AUGCUCCUGAACGAGAUACUACCAACUUUGGUACGAUACUGGCCAAUCGUACUGGUCUCCCUCGUCGCAGGCCAUCUCAUCAGCAACAAGUAUUGGAAAGGACUCAACAAGUACCCCGGACCGACAUUAGCUGGCUACAGCAACUGGUGGAGGCUAUGGGAUGUGUCAAAGAAGAACCACCACUGGACCAACAUUGCAUUGCAUCGUAAGCAUGGCGAUAUCGUCAGGCUGGGACCAAACGUUCUCUCCUUUGCGGAUCCAAGAGCUAUCAAAGCUAUCUACGGUCUGAACAAGGGCGUGUAUAAGUCCGAUUUUUACCCAGUCCAAGGCGCUGUCGCAAAUGGAAAGCCUUUGUACUCCUUGUUUUCCACCACCGAUGAGGAUUUCCACGCCAAGUACCGUCGUUGCGUGAACAAUGCAUUCGCCAUGAGCUCGCUGAUCAACUACGAGCCUCUUGUCAACUCCACAAUGACCUAUUGGCUCGACAAGACGGAAGCAAUGUUCGCCGACACUGGCAAAAGCUGUAACUUUAGCCAGUGGCUGCAAUUCUUCGCAUUUGACGUCAUUGGAGACUUGACUUGGAGCAAACGACUUGGCUUUGUAGAAGGCAACAAAGAUGUCGACAACAUCAUCGAGUUCUUGGGCAAGUUCUUCGACUAUGUUGCACCGGUCGGCCAGAUACCUGUUCUCGAUCGCCUUCUUUGGAAAAACCCCAUCAGCCUCUUCGCCCAACGCAUCGGCCUCGACAAACGCGUCCACCCUGUGACCCUCUUCGCACUCUCCCGCUCCAACGAGCGCGCCCAGCAAGUCUCAAAGAUCAAGCAAUUCGGCCUCUCCGACGACGAGCGCGCGAACCCACUCGGUGUCGACCUGCUCUGCAAAUUCGCCCAAGCAUCCCACGACCACCCAUUCAUGGACGACAACCGCAUCCUGUCCACCUGCUCAUCCAUGGUCUUCGCAGGGUCAGAAACAACCGCCAUCUCGCUCUCCGCCGUUUUCUACUUCCUCGUCAAACACCCCGACGUCUACACGAAGCUGAUGCACGAACUCGACACGGCAGUCGCAGAUGGUAUAAUCGAAGACCGCGCCGACAAAACCGUCUCCUGGCCCGAAGCCCAAAAACUCCCCUACCUCGAUGCCGUCGUCCAGGAAUCGUUCCGCCUGCAUCCCGCCCCAGGCCUGAUCCUCGAGCGCGUCGUGCCAAAAAAGGGCAUGCAGAUCCUCGACGAGCACAUCCCCGGCGGCACAAUCGUAGGCUGCAACGCAUGGGUCGUGCACCGACGCCCGGAGGUCUUCGGGGCCGACGUCGACGCCUUCCGCCCGGAGCGCUGGCUCGACGCCAGCCCCGACAAGCUCAAGGAGAUGAAGGGCACUAUGCUGCAGUUUGGCGCUGGGGCGCGCACGUGCAUCGGCAAGAAUAUCAGCCUGCUGGAGAUCUACAAGCUGGUUCCUAGUUUCCUGCGCAGGUUUGAGAUUGAGCUCGAGCACCCUGGCGCUGAGUGGAAGACGCACAACGCCUGGUUUGUCACGCAGAAGAACUUCAACACGAGGUUCAGGCCAAGGAGGACUUGA